AUGCAUGAGCAACAUCAUUCUAAUCGAAGAAAUUCAACUUCGAAAUAUUAUGAACAUAAAAAACGAAAAGAAUCUGAUUUAAAAUUAAAUGAAUCAAAGAAAAAAUCAUCAUCAUAUAUUGAUAAAAAAUUUUCUAAAUCGGAAUUUGAUGAUGCUCGAUUAUUUUGUGAUGAUUGUAAUAAAUUCUAUGAUAAUAUUUGUCCAUAUCAUAAACAAUCAUAUAUUCCUGAUAAAGAAAUAUCAAAGUCAUCACUUAAAUAUUCACAACGAUUAUCUGAUCUAACUUGUCCAGAUGGAAUUAUUAUUAAAUCAUCAACUAUAUUAAAAGCAGGCAAAGGUGUAUUUGCAACAAAACGAUUUGAAAAAAAUACUUUCUUUGGACCUUAUAUGGGUACACGUCAUUCAAAUUUUAAAAGUGCACAAGAAUCAGGUUAUGCUUGGAGUAUUGCUGAUAAAUAUGGAAAAAUGAUUUAUAUUAUUGAUGGAUGUGAUUCAAACAAUAGUAAUUGGAUGCGAUAUAUCAAUUGUCCUAAUACAAUUGAACAAAAAAAUUUACAACCUAUUCAAUAUGAUCGAAAUAUGUUUUAUAAAACAAUGAGAAUAAUUCGUCCCGGAGAAGAAUUAUUUGUUUAUUAUGGAGAUGAUUAUGCUCGUUUUCUUGGUAUUAAACCAUUUAAUAUUGAAUCAAUACAAAUGAAUACUGAUGAUAAUAAUAUCAAUGAUGAUGAUUAA